AUGAUCACAAGCUAUUUGGGGUCGUCCGGAACCACCAGCCCUAACAACCAGCAGAACACGACCAUCACCACUAACUACCAGCAGAACACGACCACCAGCCCUAACAACCAGCAGAACACGACCACCAGCUCUGACUACCAGCAGAACACGACCAUCAGCCCUAACAACCAGCAGAACACGACCAUCACCACUAACUACCAGCAGAACACGACCAUCAGCCCUAACUACCAUCAGAACACGACCAUCAGCCCUAACUACCAGCAGAACACGACCAUCAGCCCUAACUACCAUCAGAACACGACCAUCAGCCCUAACUACCAUCAGAACACGACCAUCACCACUAACUACCAGCAGAACACGACCAUCAGCCCUAACUACCAUCAGAACACGACCAUCAGCCCUAACUACCAUCAGAACACGACCAUCAGCCCUAACUACCAUCAGAACACGACCAUCACCACUAACUACCAGCAGAACACGACCACAAGCCCUAACUACCAUCAGAACACGACCAUCAGCCCUAACUACCAGCAGAACACGACCAUCAGCCCUAACUACCAUCAGAACACGACCAUCAGCCCUAACUACCAUCAGAACACGACCAUCAGCCCUAACUACCAUCAGAACACGACCAUCACCACUAACUACCAGCAGAACACGACCAUCAGCCCUAACUACCAGCAGAACACGACCAUCAGCCCUAACUACCAUCAGAACACGACCAUCAGCCCUAACUACCAUCAGAACACGACCAUCACCACUAACUACCAGCAGAACACGACCACAAGCCCUAACUACCAUCAGAACACGACCAUCAGCCCUAACUACCAGCAGAACACGACCAUCAGCCCUAACUACCAUCAGAACACGACCAUCAGCCCUAACUACCAUCAGAACACGACCAUCACCACUAACUACCAGCAGAACACGACCAUCAGCCCUAACUACCAUCAGAACACGACCAUCAGCCCUAACUACCAUCAGAAAACGACCAUCACCACUAACUACCAGCAGAACACGACCAUCACCACUAACUACCAUCAGAACACGACCAUCAGCCCUAACUACCAUCAGAUCACGACCAUCAGCCCUAACUACCAUCAGAACACGACCAUCAGCCCUAACUACCAUCAGAACACGACCAUCACCACUAACUACCAUCAGAACACGCCUUCCAGCUCUAUUGCCACAACGUGA